AUGGAAGAAAUACCAGUGAGAGUUGCAGUAAGAGUUAGACCUCUGCUCUGCAAAGAAAUUCUUCAUGAUCACCAAAUAUGUGUGAGACAGAUUCCCAAUACCCAGCAAGUUAUCAUUGGAAAAGACCGCAUCUUCACUUUUGAUUUUGUGUUUGGCAAAAAUUCAACCCAAGAUGAGGUUUAUAGUACCUGUAUCAAACCUCUAGUGGCAUCAUUGAUGGAGGGAUAUAAUGCUACAGUUUUUGCCUAUGGACAGACUGGAUCUGGGAAGACAUACACCAUUGGAGGAGGCCACAUUGCAUCAGUUGCUGAGGAUAGAAAAGGCAUCAUUCCACAUGCCAUCCAAGACCCAUUUCAAAGCCUUUCUCAAAAUAGCAGCGUUGCUUUUAACAUAAAAGUAUCUUACAUAGAAGUCUAUAAGGAAGACCUCCGAGAUCUGCUAGAAUUGGAAACAUCAAUUAAAAAUUUACAGAUCAGAGAAGAUGAAAAAGGAAACACAGUGAUUGUUGGUGCCAAGGAAUGUUCAGUGGAGAAUACAGAUGAAGUGAUGAGUCUUUUGGAAAUGGGUAAUGCAGCUCGUCAUACAGGUACUACGAAAAUGAAUGAACGCUCUAGUCGAUCUCAUGCUGUUUUCACAAUCAACAUUACGCAACAGGAUUUUACCCCAUGUCAGAAAAGUAUGGAAAUGACUCAAGAUAUAUCUCAGCAGUCUACUCAACAAAUUGUUUCAAAAUUCCAUUUUGUGGACCUGGCUGGAUCAGAAAGAGCAACUAAACCUGGGAAUACAGGAGAACGAUUCAAAGAAUCCAUUCAGAUCAACAGUGGGUUAUUGGCUUUAAGAAAUGUAAUAAGUGCUCUUGGAGACCCUCGCAGGAAGGGUACACAAUAUAGGGAUGCUAAAAUUACCAGAAUCCUAAAAGAUUCUCUGGGAGGCAAUACUAAGACUGUUAUGAUAACAUGUAUCAGCCCAUCAUCCUCUGAUUUUGAUGAAUCUUUAAGUUCUCUCAAAUAUGCUAACCGAGCAAGGAACAUCAGAAAUAAACCUAUUGUAAACUACAACCCUUACUGGGACAGGAUGGAUGAAAUGGAACUUGAGAUAAAACUGCUUCGACAAGCUUUGCAGAGUCAACAAGCCAGUUCCCUGAGCCUGGCUACCCAGCUAUCCCAGGAUGGGAACAAAGAUAAGAGUUGGAUCCAUUCUCUUGAAGAGCAAGUAGCCCAGCUUCAAGGCGAGUGUUUUGGUUACCAGAAUUGUGUUGAGGAGACCUUCACAUUCCUGGCUGACCUAAAAGAUGUUGUUAACUUAACACAAAGUCAGCAACAGAGAUUACAAGAAUGGUUCAACAUGACUCAGGAGAUGAAGAAGGACAUUUCUAACCCAUUCAAAAGUAACCAAGCAAUCAGCCAUGUCCAAGAUGAACCACACGACAUUGCAGUUCUUCAGCUGAAGAGGGAACUUCAAAAAUGCCAGUGUGCUCUAACUGCUGAUGAAGUGGUAUUCAGUCAGAAAGAACUAGAGCUAAAGGAAUUAUGGCAUCAAAUGCAGACAAUGACACAGGAAAACAGAGGACAUUUGCUGUCUUUGAAAGAGGCACAGAAAGUGAAUCAAUUACAGAAUGAUAAAAUAGUGGAACAGCAACUUCUUGUAAAUCAACUGAAUGAAGAACUCAUGAUGUUUAAUAUGUUCAUGGCUUCUGUGUCCAAGGGAACUUGUGGAGAUAGACCAGAUACCAAGAUAUCGGAGAAGGAGGCAUACACUGUACCACUCGAUAACAGUUUUGGACACUGUAUUCAUGUCCCAACAUGGCCAGAUGCCCUAAAGGUCCACACAAGCCCUCUUAUGUAUGCACUUGAUCGAGUGGUAGCUGGAUUUCGAACCCGAAGUGAAAUGUUAUUGGAUCACAUAGAAGAACAAGAUGAAGUCGUUCAUUGUGAAUUUUCUGAUAACAGUGAUGAAGAAGAUACAGAAAAUCAAGAGAAACCUGAAUAUCGAGCACCUAGACAUCUUAGAUGGAUUCUCAAGCCAACCUCUAUUUGUUCUUUUCUGGACACGAGAGAUGUUCUGAAUCCAAAACAACCAUCAGGUUCGCUGAACGAAGGCCUGCAACCUACAGAAAGUUUAUCGGGUAUAAACGUUGAAUGUCUCCAGGAAAGUCAGGUAUUAAACUUGCAAAAACUAAAGAAUUCAGAACUGAGACUCAUGGAAGUGAAGCAAAAAAUGAGAGAACUUACAAUCAAUAUCAAGAUGAUGGAAGAACUCAUUAAAGAAUUAAUUAAAACAGGUAAUGAUGCCAAGGCUGCCAGUAAACAGUAUUCUCUGAGAGUAACAGAACUGGCACAAGAAGCAGAACAGGUCAGAGUGGAAUUAACUGAAACACAGAAGCAGCUGCAGGAGCUGGAAGACAAGGAUGUGAAGGAUGUCGCUUUCAAGCUGUCAUUGCAGAAGGAGUUCGGGAAAAAGAUGGAUGCAGCAAAACUAAAAGUGCAGCUCUUGCAGAAAAAGCAACAGGAUACUAAGAAACUGGCAUCGCUGUCUGCCAAAACUGAGAAACGUGCCUCUGACCUUGAGCAGAAUGUAGAUCACAUGAAAUAUCAGCAAGCACAGCUGCAAAAGAGACUUUGGGAAGAAAAUGAAAAAAAGAAGCAACUGGAUGCAGAGAUUAAGAGGGACCAACAAAAAAUCAAAGAGCUUCAGUUAAGGACAGAGCAACAAGAACAGAUGUCAAAAAUGAAAUCUGAGGAGUUUGAUGCAUUUAGGAGGAGAAAGCAAAAGAGUCCAUUUGGAAACAUAGACCAGCUCCAGGAACUGGAUGAACAAAAGAAGUGGUUAGAUGAAGAAGGAGAAAAAGUUCUUCAUCAACAUCAAGAAUUAGCUGAGCUGGAAGAAGACUUAAUGCAAAGGGAGGCAAUUGUUUCCAAGAAGGAAGCAUUGUUACAAGAGAAGAGCCACUUGGAAAAUAAGAAGUUGCAAUCCAAUCAGGCUUUAAGUGAAGAUAGUUUGAAAAUAUCAAUUCGCCUGAACUUGUUGGACCAAGAUUUGGCUGAUAAGAGCAUGCAGCUCCAGAGCAUUCCAGCUGAGGAGCAAAUAAAGAUUUCAGAAGAAGUCCAGGCUCUUCAGAAAGAAGAAGAUCAGCUACAAAGAAGAAGAAAUAGUUUCGAUGAGAAACUUAAAAAUGGUAGAGUGUUAUCGCCUGAAGCAGCUUUAGAGGGGGCACACCUACAACUCACCCUUUUCUACAGAUGUCAGUACUGCCAUAUCAACUGGCCAGUUGACGAUGAUAAACCGGAAGCAGUACAAACGGGAGGCGUCCCAGCCAGCUCCCAGAAAGCCCCAGUUGAGCACACCAGGAGGCGAUCCUGCUCAGACUUCACUAAGCUGGCUUUUAUUCGACAGCCUUGUUUCACUCAGGGCUGCUAUUUGAAUGUGAUCUCUACUGAGUUUUCUCACAACAAGAGCUGUUCAUCUUUGAGGUCUACUGGAUUUUAUGGUGUCUAUAAGCACGUGCAUAUUCCAUUUAUUGAAGGAUGUGAUCCCUGCCUGCCACGGUAG